AUGAUUGAGGGAAUGGUGAAGGAUGGUGUUAUUGAACCUUCAUCUAGUCCAUGGUGUUCACCUGUGGUUCUGGUAAAGAAGAAGGACGGCAGCAUGCGGUUUUGUGUUGACCUCCGCCGCCUGAACGACGUUACAAAGAAGGACAGCUAUCUCUUGCCAAGAAUUGAUGACACGCUGGACAUGCUUACAGGCGUAAAGUGGUUUAGUACGCUGGAUCUGAAAAGUGGCUACUGGCAGGUUGAAAUUGACCCUAAGGACAAGGAGAAAACUGCAUUCUCCACAGGAAAGGGCCUGUGGCAAUUUAAAGUCAUGCCGUUUGGAUUGUGCAAUGCUCCAGCAACGUUUGAAAGGUUGAUGGAGCUUGUACUUACCGGGCUAAUUGGAGAUGCCUGUCUCGUCUAUUUGGAUGACAUCAUCAUCGUAGGCCGUACGUUUGAGGAACACCUUCAAAACCUGAAACGCGUGCUCAUGAAGAUCCAGAGUGCCAACCUCAAGUUGAGUCCAAAGAAGUGCUCACUAUUCAAACGGCAAGUUAGUUUUUUGGGGUAUGUAGUGUCGGAAGAAGGUAUCCGCACGGAUCCAGAGAAAAUUGCUGCUGUCAAGGAGUGGCCGGUCCCAAAAGACAAGACACAGGUUAGAGCAUUUUUGGGUUUGUGCUCUUAUUAUCGGCGAUUUGUGAAGAACUUUGCAGAUAUAGCCAAACCUCUGCACAAGCUAACCGAGGAGAAGCGACAAUUCUGCUGGGAUGAAAGUUGCGAUAUUGCAUUCCAGGAGUUCAAGAACCGUCUGUGCAAAACACCUAUUUUGGGGUACCCUGAUGCGGGCAAGGAAUUCAUAGUUGACACAGACGAAAGUGAUAUAGGACUUGGCGGUGUGUUGUCUCAACGGAAUGGUGAUCAAGAGAUUGUGAUAGCGUACUUCAGCAAGUCGUUGUCAAAGCUGAAAAGGAACUAUUGUGUCACAAGAAAUCCGGAAGGACAAGUUGCGAGAUGGAUUGAACUACUGCAGGAAUACGACUUUGUGAUCGAACAUCGCAGCGGGAAAUCUCAUGAAGACCUUGCCCUGAAGAUUGCAAGCAUUGUACUAGGCAAGAGAGUAAGGAAGUGGUAUCUGUGA